AUGUCUCAUCCUCAGAAGAGGCAGUGUUACACAUUUGAGGGAGAAUCUCAGGCCCAAAGAGAACAGGGCCUGAUGGCUGAGGGGGAAGAGUCCACUGACAAUAACACCUCCUCCUCCACUAGCUCAACCCUCCCCAGGAAGAUGCCUGCUGGUGGAAUACCAAAUUAUCACCAGAGUCCCCAGAGAGCCUUAUCUCCUCCCAUUGUUAUAGCCAACAUUCCAAUAUCCCCAACUGAUGAGGCCUCUGUCAACCAAAUGGAGUUGGUACUGCAGCAUGCAUUAAGUUCAAAGGCAAUUGAUUUGGUUCAGUUCCUGCUCCUCAAGUAUAAAAUGAAGGAGCUGACCAACAAGGCAGAGAGUGUAGAAAAGGUUAUCAAAGAUGAUGAGCAGUAUUACAAUAGGAUCUUUAAUCAAGCCUCUGGGGGUUUGAAGCUGGUCUUUGGUAAUGAUGUGAUAGAAGUGGACCCUGUUGUUCACACCUAUGCCCUUGCCAUUGCCCUGGGGAUCACCUAUGAUGGAAUGCUUACUGAUGUCCAGGGCAUGCCCAAGACAGGCCUCCUAAUAAUUGCCCUAGGUGUCAUCUGCAUGCAUGAUUACCGUGUCCAUGAGGAUAUGAUCUGGCGAGCACUAAAUAUCAUGGGAGUAACUUCCAUGAAAAAUCACUAUGUAGCUGGGAAUGCCAAGAAGCUUUUUCACUGA